UUACAUGUAAGAAGCAAUCGACUCCAGUGAGUAUCGAAUUAAACUUGAAAUUUGAUGCUGUUAUUGCUGAAUUUAAAAAGGAAAAGGAAGCACUCAUUGAUAUUAACUCCAAACUUCAUACUAGGAUUGAAGAGGCUUUAGAUGAUCAAUAUGAAGAGAACAAUGCUAGAAUUGUGAAAUUAGGACAGACUCAAAAUCGUACAAUUAAUUUCUUUAUUACUAAGAUUAAGGAUGAAAACAAUGAGCUUAAAAAAGUUAUUACUGAGUUUGAGAUUAAAAAACAAGCUAAAUACAUUCAAAUUAGUAAGGAGCUUCUUGAUGAGGAUCCAAUAGUUGAUUAUUGUCCUUCUUUCCUGAAUGGAUUGAA